AGCAUAUUUUGAAAUAGUUGGAAUUUCUUUUUGUUUCGCUUUUUUUUUUGUCGGAAAAAUGUAUCGAGCGGAUAUUUCUCUUGUUAUUUUAAAAUAUUGCGGUAUAUGGAGACCAAAAUUUUUUUUAAAAGGAGCACAAUUAUUGUACAAUAUUUUUAGUAUUAUUAUGGUGAUUAAUGUUUAUAUUUUUACAAUUUCAACAUUACUCUAUUUAUUUUUAUCGAAUCCAAAUUUAGAGGAUUUCACUGAAAGUUUAUUUUAUGUACUUGCUUUAUGUACAGCAUGUGUUAAAAUAGCAAUUGUUUUAUUUAAACAUAAUGAAAUAAUAGAAUUGCGAAAUAUGCUUCUCGACAAAAAAUUAUAUCCACAAGAUAAAAUUGAAUAUAAUAUUCAAAACAAGUUUGACAAAAUUGGAAGGAAAAUUACUAUUAUCUUUUUAGCUUUUGCUUCAGUAACAAUAAUACUUAAAGCAACAGCACCAUUGACAAAAGGUUCAAGCGCAAUAUUACCAUAUAAAGCAUGGACACCUUAUAAUCUUGAGAAUAGAAUAAUUUUUUGGUUAACGUAUAUAAUUCAAGCAAUAGGAUCAACAACAGCUGGUCAUAUAACAAUAGCAGUUGAUACAUUUAUAAUGGCAAUGAUGAUUGAACUUUGUGCACAAUUGGAAAUUUUAAUGUAUCGUAUGAAAAAAUAUCCUGAAUUUUGUAUGAAGACAAAAAUUUACAAUGAUGGACAACAAAAGCAAAAAAUUAUACUUGGAAUGUGGAUUCAACAUCACGAGUCAAUUUAUCGUUUUGGAAAUAAUUUAAACAAUAUAUACAAUUUGGCUUUUUUUUGUCAAUUAUGUGCAAGUACAAUUGAUGUAUGCACAAGUACAUAUUUAUUAACAACAGCAAAUGUAACGACAACAAAAUAUUGGACAAUGGUUUUUUCCUUAAGUGGAAUUAUGCUUCAAAUUUGUCUAUAUUGUUGGCCAGGAAAUGUUGUCAUGGAAAAAAGCAAAGCAAUUGGAUAUGCAGUUUAUAGUACAGAUUGGAUUUUAUUGCCAAGUAGCAUAAGAGUAAAUCUCGUUCAUAUAAUAAGAAGAUCAGAAAAACCAAUUAAAUUUACAGCGGUAAAAAUUUUUCCCAUGACCAUUGAAACAUUCACGUCUUCAUUUAAAAUAUUUACAAUAUUUGGCAUAUGGAGACCAAUUAAUUGGUCAUCAUUGAUUGCAGUGUCAAUUUAUAAUAUUUUUACAUUAUCUAUUAUAAUGCUCGUUUAUUCAUUGGAUAUUUCAUUGUUCACAUAUCUAAUAAAACAUUCGUUAAAUGAUAUUGAAAAAUUUGCCGAGAGUUCAUUUUGGUUUCUUGCAAUAUUUAUUGUUUGUGUAAAAAUUGCCAAUAUUUUAUUACGACGAAAUGAUAUUAUAAAUUUAACACAAAUGUUGAAUAGUGAUUGGUUUCGUCCACGUGAUAAUAUUGAAUAUUCAAUACAGAAGAAUUUUGAUUAUACGGGUAGAAGAAAUACAAUUUGUUUUUUGAUUUUGGCUCUUUCAACAUCAUUAACAAUGAAUUUGGGAGAAUUAACAAAGGGAAUAAAGGGACAAAAUGUUUCAUUGCCAUUUAAAGUUUCUUUGCCAUAUGAUAGUGAUUCUUUAUUUUGGUUGACAUAUAUAACACAAAUAAUUGGUUUAACAGCAGCAAGUUGUGUCAAUGUUGCAACUGAAACUUUUAUCACAAUCAUGAUGCUACAGGCAUGUUCCCAAUUGAGGAUAAUUAGUUAUCGUCUUGAAAAAUUACCUCAAUUACACAAAAAUAAUAAUUAUUAUAACAAUUAUAAUAUCAAUAAUAAUAAAAAUAAUAAUAUUAAUGAUAAUGAUAAUGAUAACAACAACAAUAAUAAUAAUAACAAUAAUAAUAAUAAUAAUAUUAAUGAUAAUAAUAAUAAUAAAAAUAAUAAUUUUUAUUUAAAUUACAAUAAUAAUCGAAAUCAAAAUUUAUGCUCCGUUGGAAUUAAUGAAUCAAGAAUUCUGAAAGAAUGUAUAAGGCAUCAUAAUUAUCUAUAUUUAUUCUGCGAAAAAUUGAAUGAUAUUUUUAGUUUUAUGCUUCUUAUUCAAUUUGGUGGAACCAUUGUCGAUAUAUGUACAAAUAUAUAUAAAUUAUCAAAAGUAAAUAUAAUUAAUGCACAAACAUUAGUUGAAGUUAUAUUGUUACCAAGUAUAUUAGUGCAAAUUUACAUGUAUUCCUAUUAUGGCAAUGAACUAAAGCUAAAAAGUUUGGAAGUGGCUGAACAUGCUUAUAUGAUAGAGUGGACUGCAUUGACAAAUAAAACAAAAAAAGGUCUUUUAUUAAUAAUUGCACGUGCUAGAAGACCAAUAAUAAUAUCUGGUGGUUCAAUGAUAGCCAUGUCACUUGAUACUUUUGUUAAUAAAAUAAAUGGAACAAUAAUGUUUCUUGUAUUGGGUGGUACGACAAUAAUUUUAAAAGCAACGGGACCAUUGAUUAAUGAUAACAAUAAAAUGUUACCUUAUAAAGCAUGGAUGCCUGAUAAAUUUGAAGAAAAUUUAUCAUUUUCGAUGAUAUAUGGACUUCAAGCUAUUGGUUCAUUUGGUGCUGGACAGGCAUCAAUAGCUAUUGAUACAUUUGCAAUGACAAUGAUGUUGCAACUUUGUUCACAAUUGGAAAUAUUAAUGCAUCGUAUUAAAAAAUAUCCUUAUCAUACAUUGGAAAGAAAGAUUUACAAUAAUUUUUCACAAAGAGAAAAAAAUAUUGGCAUUUGGGUACAACAUCAUCAAACCAUGUUUAUAUUUGGAGAAAAAUUAAACGACAUUUAUUGGUUUGUAUUUCUCUUUCAAGUUUUGGUAACAACAGCGGAUGUUUGUACAAGUUCUUAUUUAUUGGCAACAAUAAAAGUAACUUCUGAACAAUAUUGGACAAUGAUUUUUUCACUAAUGAGCAUUCUAUUUCAAAUAUCAAUAUAUUGUUGGCAUGGAAGUAUGGUAAUCGAAAAGAGCAAAGAUAUUGGCAAUGCAGUAUACAUGUCAAAUUGGAUUCUAUUGUCAAAUAAUUCGAGAGAAAAUUUAAUACAAAUAAUUAGACGUUCUACAAAACCAAUAAUUUUGAAUGCCGGAUGGUUUGCUCCAAUGUCUAUUGAAACUUUUUCAACGAAACAUGAUAAUAUUGAAGAAUUAUCGCAGAGUUUAUUUUAUUCAUCAACUGUUUUAAUGACAUUAAUAAAAAUGAUAAUUCUUAUUAAAAGACGUGAUAUAUUUAGAAAAACACAAAAAAUGCUUAUGUCUGAAAUUUGUCGACCUCGUGAUUUUUGUGAAAUUGAAAUUUUACAUAAUUAUUCAUUAAAAGGAAGGAAAUUUUCCAUUUGUCAUUUGAUAGUGGUUUAUGUAGCGGGAACAAUGGUUUUAUCAUUGCCAUUAAUAACAAUGUCAAAAAAAUUAAUUCUUCCAAUUCCUUAUUGGAUACCAUUUUCUCUUGAAACAAAAUUUGUUUAUUUUUUAUCAUAUCUUCAAGAAAUAAUUGGUGUCAUUAUAAUUGUUAAUAUUAAUGGAGGAAUGGAAACAUUGGCAUUGUCAAUUUUAUUACAAAUAUGUGGCCAAUUGGAAAUUUUAAUAUAUCGUUUGAAUUCACUUUCAAAAUUAACAAAAAAUAAUGAAAAUAAUAAUAAUAAUAAUGUUAAAUAUUAUCAAGAAGCUGAAAUUACUAAGGAUUGUAUAAAAAGUCAUCUUUAUUUACAUGCAAUUGGUGAAAAUAUAAAUAAACAAUUUGGAAUUUUGAUUUUUAUGCAAUUUUUUGCAUCAAUGAUACUUUUGUGUAUUAUUAUUUAUAAUGUAUCAAAAAUGAGUUUAACCAAUCAUCAAAGUUGGUUAAUGAUAUGUUUUGCGGGCAGUUAUACAUUACAAAUUUUUAUCUAUUGCUAUUUUGGACAACAAGUGACCGAAAAGAGCACAGAAAUUGGAACAGCUACAUAUUUUAUAAAUUGGAAUUCAUUAACACUAAACACAAAAAAAAGUCUUAUAAUUAUAAUGAUGCGAUCUGUUCGACCAAUUAAAUUAACUGCUUCAUCAAUUAUUGUCAUGUCAUUGGAAACUUUUAUGAAAAUAAUGAAAACAUCUUAUUCGGCUUAUAAUUUGUUGAAAAAUAAUUAAUUAUAUACGU